AUGCGUAGCUACCCGCUUUCUGAUCAAACCGAACAUACCUUCGCCUCAAAGGCUUGGUUGUAUGUUCCUCUUUCCCGUUUUCCGGUGAUCAAAACUGUAGCAGCUGGAACCAAUGUGCCCAUGGCACGCGCAUUGUUGGUUUUGGCUGGUGCCAACGGAUUAGUAACGAGAGUUAUGGAGGCUCUUGCUAUCCACACGGACAGUUCAUUCUCAAUCAGUCAAAUCAAUCGAUCAGCUGUAGCGCCCUUUCGGUGCCUAGCUGCCAUACCACACGAAGGAGGCACGAGGGCUGGGCUAAUGCCAGGUUGCCCAGGCCUAGACAGCGGAAUUCGAGAGGUAGAGGUCAGGUUCAAAACACGGACCUUUCGCGCUGCACACCAUCUACAGUACACGGAUGAAUGUCGAGCUUGUGUGCACUUGUCUGCUUGCAAUGUUUCGAGAACCAUGAAUGGAUCUGAUAAUUCUGCUAAAUGCAUCCAUGACCAGCUCGCUCAACAGGGCUCUUUUCUCACAUGUGGCGAAAUCGAAGGAAUCCUCCAUUCACUCAAGGGUAUAUCGCUAAAACUAAUAGUGACUAAUGUCCCACGAGAGGUGUACACGGACAACUUGGCACAGGAGACGUUUGAAGGUCUGUUCAAACCCCUGGACCCACAUUGCACCUUUCUUUACCUCCCGAGUUUCAACAGAGCUCAGGUAUACAUGACCAACCCGGAAGCGGCUCUAUUAGCUCGUCUCCAGAUACAAGGAUGGAAACUUCCUGACUCCGUACUCUCACAGAUCUCACCCGAAAGUCGCCUCUCAUCGAAUCAUGAAGGAAUAAAUUGUUUUAUUGAUCAUGUCGAACAGUACGAUUCAGAAGAUGACACUGAUAGUGGAUCUGAUGUGGAGAUGUGCACAUGUGGCUCGCUGACCAAGCAACCUUUUGCCAGUGGACCCCUUGGCUCUGUUGAGGACCUUUACCAGAUAUCAAGUAGUGUGGAGGAACCUUUAUCUCCCUCAGAAGUGGCCUGUGAUAUUCCGAUUUGGAAUAAAGGUCAACCUCCUCCAGUAACGGUGGAAACGGCAACAAGUUUGGAUAGCAUCGGUGACCAACAAAGCCGACGGGUUUCUGAACGAAAACCCAGUACCCCAGAUGCCGAGAAUACCAGCGAAGCCUCGGGUGAUGAUGUGACCGGGUCCCUGGUUCCCCUUGUUAGCCGACCAACUGCUCCGUGUACAUACUGCAAGAAGCGAAAUGCGCGAAGCAAAAAAAGCAAAAUGCAACAUUUGGCCCCACCGAAACCACCACGACUUUUUCUCCUCUCUCCACCCUGCUCACCUCCUGUUGGUUGGGAGCCUAAACCAGAGUGUGAACCUGUUAUUAAUUACGAGUUAUUGGAAGCGUUGGCUGCUCUAUCUCCUGGGGAGGCAUUCGAAUUACACCCGUCUGAUCAAGAGCACAAACAUCCGAGCAUUGUGAUAACACCAUGUGAAUCAUCAAGUGAUGGUCCUCGCCCACAAAUCAUUCAUACACGAUGUCCCGAGCGAAAUGCGUGACAAAUGAACUUCUGCAUCGUAUUUCAUUUUUACCUCAUGCUCUCCCCUCUCACAACUGCAUGUCUUCAAAAGGCGUUUUCUUUCUCGUUCCGAAUCCACUGUUUUAUCACAGUUGAACAGUUACGAUGUAGUCGUUGUUGUGUUCUGACCACACAACUUUACAUCUCUUUUUUCCUUUCAGUUGUAUGCUCAUUUUGUUGGUCACCUGCUUUUAUUAUUUUUGUUUCACUUGUACCGGAGUAAAUACACAUUCUUUUGCAUGCAGUCCUUU